CACAAAGGAACAGGACUUGUCUGCUGACUAAUUGCCUAUUAGUUAGGUGCCAAUUUGUUUAGUAAAAAUAGAACAACAUAUGGCAAUAUCAAGGCCAAAUAUCAGCAAUCUCAAUCAGACAUUUUCCAUCAUAUGAAUUCAUAAUUGUCUUUUCUGACCAAACAAAAGGAAGUUGUUUAUCUUAUGAACCAUGAUUAAGGCCACAAUAAUCAACACAAGAAUGGUGAAGUGUAAGUUGAGGAGAAUAAGGGAUUUAUACAUAUACCAAAACGAGCUUCAUCUUGACAGUUUCACUGGUUAGUUUUAUCGUCUUACCAAUAGAUUACUCCAAUAUCUAUUUAACAGAAUAUCGACAAUAUAGGGGUUUAAAGAUCUUUAAAAAAUGGAUAUAGAUCCUUUCAUGGUUGAGAUUACAAGUAAGUUUUGAGAAAUAUUGUUCAUUCAUGACUAAUAAAUACUAUUGUUCUUUCACGCUUCAAAAUGAUUCAUUGUGAUAGAACGGCGAAAGACAUGGCUUAUAUGUUAACCAAUAUUCUUCAUAUUCAUGAAUCAUGACUUAGUUCAAAAGAAAGCAUGUUCUAAAUUUUAAAGUCUACAAUCUUGACAGUGGUUCAUUAUCUCGUUAUGCCAUGACGUAAACGCCAGAAAAAUGUUCCAGUAAAAUUUAGCAGACCUCUUACCUGUGAUCAUCCUACCAAUUUGUGAUCAAUGUUAUAAUUAAGUUAUUGUUAAAAUUAAUGUGUUGUUGUAUUAAUAAAAAAGUAUCUUGGUUGAUUCAAAAGUAGUUGGUCAAGUUACUAUGUAUCACUAUAUAUUUGCUGCUGUAUUGAACAAGUGAAUAACAAGAAAUAUAAACAAACACUUCUGCUACUGAAGCAAUAUAGCAGCUCUUCAGUAAAAGUACUAUUGUUGCUUCUUAAAUUACUACAAUCCAUUCCAGACUUACAAUCCGUGAAGUCUGAACGAGUAAGUAGAGGUUAUGUGUAAGUAUCCUGAACGAGUAAAUUUUCCUUUAUGGUAAUGAACCCGUCUUCGAUAUGAAAAGACAAAAUCCUAACCACCAGUAGAACAGGAUUAGAAAAAAAUCGUUCUUCAUAUUAUAUACUUCUUUCUAUAUGCAAUUAGAGAAUUCAUAUCUCAACAAUUAUCUCACUUGUGCUAUGUGAAAUCUCUAAGCUUUGUUUCAACAUUUGAAGUUUAAUUUUAGAGAGCCAACACCAGAAGACUGCACAAAUGUUGCAGUCCUUACUUUAUGGACAGUUAAUGAUAACAGUGGAUGUCGAAAAUUUGAAUGAGUUCCCAUAGUACGUAGUAGACUAAAUAUGUAGGCACUAAGUCUAUACACUAGGCUAAUGGACCUAUUAAAUUCAUAGUUUAUGAAACUAAACAUUCAAAAUGUGAAAUCAAGUUUUUCAAGUGAGCUACAGUUUUAUUUAGAAGGACAAACUUUGCCUUUGUUUUAACAUCACCAAGAAAUUUGGGAUAAGACAAGGGGUAAAAGACAACAUAAUAGCAAAUCCAGAAGCACAAACCAAAGAUAAAUCCUCUAUUUAAAUAAAAUUGUUAACUACUUAACUGUGAAGCCACGCUUUACUUAGCAUAAGCACAAAGUAGGAGUCUGAGUAAGUAAUUUUCAUCCUAUAAAAAGCAAUGAUCUAAUGCUCUCUAAAGCAGAACAGCUUUAUAGUUUUUCCUAAAGAAGUCAUUUCAAAAUUUAGCAAAAUCAUCAAGGAAUGGAACUCCAAUCCAAUAGAUCACUUGCAUUUUUCUCCAUAGUGAUUCUAGUACUAGCAGCUUCUUGUGAUGCUGGUGGAAUUGCUAUUUACUGGGGUCAGAAUGGAGGUGAAGGAACUCUGGCGGAAACCUGUGCCACGAGGAACUAUGAUUUUGUAAACAUAGCUUUUUUGCCAACCUUUGGAAAUGGUCAACAACCAAUGAUAGAUCUAUCUGGUCAUUGUAAUCCAAAUGUCGGCGAGUGUACCAAAUUAAGCACAGAUAUACAAUCAUGCCAAGCCAAAGGAAUUAAAGUUAUUCUGUCAAUUGGAGGUGGUGCUGGGAGCUACUAUCUUGCUUCUGCUGAUGAUGCUAGGCAAGUUGCCACUUAUCUUUGGAACAACUUCUUGGGGGGACAAUCGACAACACGUCCACUUGGUGAUGCUGUUUUAGAUGGAAUAGACUUUGAUAUUGAAGGAGGAACAAAUAUGUACUGGGAUGUUCUUGCCAAGUCUCUUUCUGCAUAUAGCAGUAUAGGCAAGAAAGUUUACUUAACAGCAGCCCCUCAAUGCCCAUUCCCUGAUGCUUGGAUUGGAAAUGCCUUAAAAACAGGCCUUUUUGACUACGUUUGGGUUCAAUUCUAUAACAACCCUCCUUGUCAAUACAGUUCUAGUGAUAUUAGCAAUCUUGAAGCUGCAUGGGAACAGUGGACAGCAGAUAUCCCCGCCAAAAAGAUUUUCCUCGGCUUGCCAGCCGCUCCUACAGCUGCUGGUAGUGGAUUCAUCCCUGCUGAUGACCUCACUUCUCAAGUUCUUCCAUCAAUAAAAAACUCUUCCAAGUAUGGUGGUGUAAUGUUGUGGUCAAAAUAUUAUGACGAUCAGACCAAUUAUAGUUCUUCAAUCAAGAGUGAUGUGUGAAGUUAUGAGCUAUACCUCAGCCCUUAUUUGUGAUCAAGUAUGUUGUGUCAAUAUACAUAUAUAUGUAAUAUGAUAGCAACUUGUCUCUUGUGUAAUUAUGCUUCAAUUUAUGUAUCUAAAGGAAA